AUGUCGACCGUCGCCCGCGCGUGGACCCCGCGCGCGUGGACGCGACGUCGCGGCGACGACGCCGUGGUCGGGGCGGUCGUCGCGGCGAGUGGGCGCGACGGCGACGGACGCGACCGCGCGCGCGGUGGACGAAGCCCCGGGGGAGGGCGGGGGCGCGGUCGAGGCCGCGGUGGACGCGCCGCUCGAGGUGGACGCGGUGGGAAGUCGCGGAUUCGAAUACAGAGCGAUGGGAAGAGACAUUUGGGGCAGACGCUGGAGUACGCGGCGGAGAAGGCGUUUCCGGCGGUCGAGGCGAACGAUUUGAUCGAUGAUCCGCCGUUGAAGGUGUUGCCGCUGGGAGGGUUAGGGGAGAUUGGGAUGAACUGCAUGCUCGUCGGGAGCGGCGAUCGAUGGGUGCUCUUGGACGCGGGGUUGAUGUUUCCAGAUCACGAGGAGCUCGGCAUUCAAAAGGUUUUGCCGGACGUCUCGUUCUUACACCGUUGGAGGGAUAAAAUCGAGGCGGUUCUCAUCACGCACGGACACGAAGACCACAUCGGCGCCCUGCCGUGGGUCAUCCCGGCGCUCGAUCCGGCGACGCCGAUCUAUGCCGGUCUAUUUACGAUGCAACUCAUCAAGAGACGCAUGCUCGAGUAUUCGUUGUGGAACGACGAUCGAUUCAAGGUGUUCAACAUGAACGAACGCUUCCAGGCGGGGCCGUUCGACAUGGAAGCCGUGCGGGUGACGCACUCGAUUCCGGAUUGUUGCGGAUUGAUUUUCCGUUCAGAGCACGGCACGAUCGUGCACACCGGUGAUUGGAAGAUUGAUGAAACUCCCGUGGACGGUUUGCACUUCGAUCGCACGUCCUGGGAGCGCGUCGGUCAGGAAGGGGUGACGCUCAUGAUGAGCGACAGCACCAACGUCUUGUCUCCGGGACGCACGGUGAGCGAGUCGCAAGUGAGCGAAGGCAUCAUGCGAAAGGUUCUGGGACACAGCGGUCGGAUCAUCACGACGCAGUUCGCUUCGAACAUCCACCGUUUGUACGGUGUGCGCGCCGCGGCGGAGGCGACGGGACGGAAAAUUGCGUUCAUCGGUCUCUCGCUCACGACGUACCUCGAGGCGGCGAAACGCGCCGGCAUUGCCCCGUUGGAUCCCGCCAAUCUCAUCCCCGCGGAAGAGAUCGACGAUCACGAUCCGAGCAAGCUUUUGAUCGUCACCACUGGGUCACAGGGCGAAGAUCGCGCCCAGCUCGCGCUCGCGUCGAGAGGGAGCUCGAGGUUACUCACGCUGCAACCGACGGAUCUGCUGCUCUACUCGGCAAAGAUGAUUCCAGGCAACGAGAAGCGAGUGAUGCGAAUGAUGAAUGAGAUCGCGAAGAAGGGUCCACAGAUCGCCAUGGGUCGAGACGACCUUUUACACUCCUCGGGGCACGGAUACAAGGAUGAAUUGGACGAGGUGAUCAAGCUUUUGAAACCCGAGCAUUUUUUGCCCGUCCACGGAGAGUACGCCUUCUUAAAGGCGCAUGAGCAGCUCGCGCGCCAGUCCGGGGUGAUGCACACGACGGUGAUCGGUAACGGAGAAAUGCUCGGCGUGACGCCGCUCGCGAAGAAGAAACAACACGGAACUCUGGGCAACUUUCAUCGCGUGGGUAAGGCGAGACUGCAAACCAUGUUUAACGAUGGCGGCAUUGGAAGCGGCACUUCCGAGGACAUGGCCAUCGAGGAGCGCAUGCGCAUCGCCGUCGAGGGCGUGAUCGUGUGCGAUUACGAAAUAGCGAAUGCUGGGGAUGACUUAAUCUCUGCCAAGGCGCGGGUGACGUCGCGUGGGAUGUGGACGGACGACGGUCGUCUUCUCGAGGCGUGCCGAGUCGCCGCCGUACAGGCCACCGGGGACAUGCCCGUGAACUCCAAACUCAGUGCCGUCGAGCGCGCCGUGUCGUCCUCGAUUCGAGCCGCCGUGCGCACGUACUGUAACAAGCGACCGGACGUCAUCGUCGUCGCUCAUCGUGCGGGUGAACAUUCGCGACGCGCCCCGGAUGUCAACGCGGCGGCUGCGGAGGACGACGAGGACGGGGACGAUGGCAAAUCGCAGCCGCAGCGGUACCCUCGACGCACGAUGACGCCCACGGACGUCCGUCCGCUCCGUGGCCAAUACCGCGGAUCCGGUCCGUCCGGCGCCGACCGUCAUCGGCGCUCCGAUCCCGAGUACCAAUAG